AUGCUGAAGGAGCUCCAGUUCUUCCUGUCGGCCGUCCUGCUGCUUGCCUGUGUCUUCUUCUACCAGCUCAGCCUGAAGUCCAGCUGUCUCUUCUCUUGCCUUCCUCCCCAAAAGGCCCAGCAAGACCCGGAAGCCCUCCUGGGCCAUGGGCAUGGCAUUGUGUUCAUAGAGACCUCAGAGAGAAUGGAGCCAACGCCUCUGGUCUCUUGUGCUGUGGAAUCUGCUGCCAAGACUUACCCAGAGAAGCCCGUGGUGUUCUUCAUGAAGGGUCUCAACACCACCACACGGCUGCCCUCAAACUCCACUUACCCAGCCUUUUCCCUCCUCUCAGCCAUAGACAAUGUUUUCCUCUUCCCUUUGGAUAUGAAAAGGCUGUUUGAAGACACACCAUUGCGUUCAUGGUACACUCACAUCAACGCCAGUGUGGAGAGCAACUGGCUCCACGUCAGCUCAGAUGCGUCCCGCCUGGCCAUCAUCUGGAAAUAUGGCGGCAUCUACAUGGACACCGAUGUCAUCUCCAUCCGGCCCAUCCCUGAGGAGAACUUUCUGGCUGCACAGUCUUCUCAGUACUCUAGUAACGGGGUAUUUGGAUUCCUCCCCCACCACCCCUUCCUGUGGGAGUGCAUGGAAAACUUUGUCGAACACUACAAUUCAGACAUUUGGGGCAACCAGGGUCCCAGUUUGAUGACAAGGAUGUUGAGACUGUGGUGCAAACUUAGAGACUUCCAGGAGGUGAGUGACUUCAGGUGUUUGAACCUGUCCUUCCUACACCCUCAGAGAUUUUACCCCAUCUCCUAUCCAGAGUGGAGGCGCUACUAUGAAGUCUGGGACAAAGACCUGAGCUUCAAUGACUCCUACGCCCUGCAUCUGUGGAACUACAUGAACAACGAAGGAAGGACUGUGGUUAGAGGGAGCAACACGCUGGUGGAAAAUCUCUGCCGUAAGCACUGUCCUAGGACUUACAGGGACCUGAUUCAAAGCCCAGAGGGAUCAGUGACUGGGGAGGUGGGUCCAGGUAACAAAUAGAGCCCACACUGGCUCUAUGUUAUAGAACUGGUUCCUGGAGUGCCAGCGUGCAGCUCAUGUCCACGUUCCCCAGGGGUGGGGGGGUUUACCCACGUAUCGCUUAGGCUCAGCUUUCUCUGUCUAUAAUACAAAAAUCCCAAAGACCAUUGGUGUAUAAAAUAUAAAAGCUUAUUUCUCUCUCAUGUAAAAGAAGUCUGAAGGCAGGCG